CCAGGAAACAGAAUCACAUGAGUUCAGGGAAAGAGAAACUGAAGUGUAGUUGAGCUGUUGUGUGUCUGCGUCUCUGUGUUCAUGCAGUAAAAUGGCAGAAGCCAGAGUUUUUCAGGAUGAGUUCUUGUGUUCAGUGUGUCUGGAUCUCCUGAAGGAUCCAGUGACCAUUCCCUGUGGACACAGUUACUGUAAGAGCUGUAUUACAGACUGCUGGGAUCAGGAGGAUCAGAAGAGAGUCUACAGCUGCCCUCAGUGCAGACAGACCUUCAGUCCAAGACCUGCUUUAGCUAGAAACACCAUGCUGGCUGAAGUGGUGGAGAAACUGAAGAAGACCAGACUCUCUGCUGACUGUGACCCUGGAGCUGGAGAUGUGCAGUGUGACGUCUGUACUGGAAGAAAAUACAAAGCCGUCAAGUCCUGUCUGGUGUGUCUGGAGUCUUACUGUCAAACUCAUUAUGAGCGUCAUGAGGAGUUUCGCUCAGGAAAACCACACAAAGUGACUGAAGCCACUGGACGACUGCAGGAGAUGAUCUGCCAGAAACAUGAGAAGAUCCUCGAGGUUUUCUGUCGCACUGACCAGAAGUGUAUAUGUGUGCUGUGUACGAUUAUUGAACAUAAAAACCAUGACAUUGUAUCAGCUGCAGACCAGAGGACAGAGAAACAGAAGCAGCUGAAGGAGACGCAGAAGACGCUCCAGCAGAGAAUCCAGCAGAGAGAGAAAGAUCUCCAGCAGCUGAGAGAGACUGUGGAGUCUCAUAAGCGCUCUGCACAGACAGCAGUGGAGGACAGUGAGAGGAUCUUUACUGAGCUCAUCCGCUCCAUAGAGAAGACGCGCUCUGAGCUGAUACGACUGAUCAGAGAUCAGGAAAAGACUGCAGUGAGUCCAGCUGAAGAACGACUGGAGCGACUGGAGCAGGAGAUCAAUGAUCUGAGGAGGAGAGACGCUGAGCUGGAGCAGCUUUCACACACACAGGAUCACAUCCAGUUCCUGCAGAGUUUCCAGUCUCUCUCAGCACCUCCUGAAUCU